AUGACGUCGAAUCAAGAUCAAAUUCCCAACUUCUGCAACCAAGGCUAUUUAGGGUUUAGGGGUGGGGAUGAUGAAAUCAAUCCCAAAUAUAUUGAAAUCAAAGCUAGGGGCAGUCAUCAGUUGGGGGGAUUUCCCAUCUCCAACUUCAACAAUAAAUUUGAUGUGGGUGAAUCGCGCCUUGCUAAAAUCAAAGCUAAGAUCUCUGUGGAGGACUUUGACUACUUGAAGGGAUUUGCCAACUCCAACAAAAGAAUUGAUGAGGACGACCCACGCCUCGUUAAAAUCAGAGCUAAGAUCUCGGAGGAGGACGCUGACUACUUGAAGGGACUUGCCAACAAAAGUUCUGGUGUGAACAACACGGGCUUCGCUAAUAAUGGUAGGACGGCCAACAGAUUCGGGCCCCGAUUUUUAGACAACAAUGUCGGUGCUAACCCUCCCACUGCCCAAUUUAUGGACAACAAUGUCGCAACAUUAGGAUGGCCUGGGUUGCCCAUAGCAGAUCUUGAGUUGGAGUUGGAGUUGGCAAAUCCCGCAACGUCCUCCUCCGAGAUCUUACCUUUGAUUUUAGCGAGGCCUGGGUCGUCCACAUCAAUUCUUUUGUUGGGGGCAAUCCCUUCAAGUAGUCAAAGUCCUCCACAGAGAUCUUAG